UGUUCAUAGAUAAAGCCUCAGUCUUUGGAUUCCAAUGCAGAAGCAGGUUGGAUAGUGAUCGAGUCGACAUACAGGGCUCUGAACAAUAGACAGAGGUCAGCCUCUUUGUCCCAUGAGAAGUCCGUUACCGGGGUCCAUCGACACCCGUGUCGAAAACAUCCCCGGCAAUGGAACCCUGGAAGACGAAACCGUCAAAGAAGUCCCCUUAGAUACUCCCAUUUCCAAGCCAUGUGACCUGCAAAAACCAGUCCCAAAGUUUGAAGAAGACAAGUCUCCUGAGGUGGAGGAAGGGGGUGUCCCUUCAGUUUCAGAGACAUCUCAGGUUACGGAAUGGUGCAGCAAUAUGAGCGAAAGCGUGUCAAUGGCGACCACCAUUUCAGAGCAAAGAGAAGGCGACGAAGCCUCAAGUAAACAGAGCAGAGAAAUUGGUCGGAAUACAACACCAAAGAUUCGCAGAAAGCGUCCAUAUUCCGGCGACCCAUCAUGUAGAAGAGAACAGAGGUGUCGUGUUAGUUGCAGGAACACACAGGGAAGGACAGAAUCAAGAGAAGCGAGGACCAGGAAGAAGCUGAGUGGAGGGCACGAGCAGCAAUCUGGAGUCGGCCAUGGGCGGCGUUCGAGGUCACCAGCUGCUGCUCGAACAGUUGGAGGCACGAACAAGAUGGGGGGGAAUGUGAAAAGCAGUGCCAUGAAAGGGAGUGGACGAGCUGCUGGUGAGCUGCAAGAGAUAGCGACCACCAAGAAAAGAGAGGAAGGAGAUGAUGAAAUUCAGCCCCCAAAUGAAUCCAUUGAAAACCCACUUGUCUCACUUGAAUGUUUCAUCUUUCUGUAGAUUUUAUGAACUGAUUAGUGUAUGGGGGAAACUUCA